UAUAUUGAAGCAUCUUCAAAGAUGUCUGAGUCAUCCUUGAGUGAGUAUGUGGAUCAGUUCAGCUGUUCAGUGUGUUUGGAUCCGCUGAAGGAGCCGGUGACGAUUCCCUGUGGACACAGUUACUGUAUGAGCUGUAUUACUGACUGCUGGAGCCUGAAGGAGCAGGGGCCGCCGUACCGCUGUCCCCAAUGCAGAGAGAGCUUCAGUCAGAGACCUCUACUGAAGAAGAACACUCUGAUAGCUGAGAUGAUGGAGACGCUGCAGAAGACGGCCCUACAGACUCCUGCUGCUGCUGCUGUGAACUGUGAUGUUUGCACUACAGAGAAGAACAGAGCUGUAAAGUCCUGUCUGCAGUGCUUGGCCUCCUUCUGCCAAACUCACCUGCAGCUUCACUAUGAGUCUCCUGCGUUUAUGAAGCACAAACUAGUGGACGCCUCCAGACACAUUCAGGAGAACAUCUGCCCCAGUCAUGGGAAACCGCUGGAGAUUUACUGUCAGGAUGAUCAUCAGUGUAUUUGUUACCUGUGCAUGGUUGAGAGUCAUAAAAAUCACAGUGUGGUGUCUGUGGAUUCAGAAUGGACUAAUAAGAAGAAAGAGUUGGAGAAGAUAAAGGUGGAGUGUCUAAAGCUGAUCGAGGAGCGAGAGAAAGGUCAACAGGAAGUCAGUGAAGCUGUCAAGCCUUUUAAAAGUUCAGCUCAGAAGGCCAUCAAGAGGAUGGAGAAGGUGUUCACUGAGCUCAUCUGCUCUCUGCAGAAGAAACGCUCUGAGAUUAAAGAGCAGAUCAGAGCUCAGGAGAAGACUGAGACAGAUCGAGCAGAGCAACUUCACCAACAUCUGCAUCAAGAGCUGACACAACUCAGAAAAACACAAGCAGAGAUCCACAAACUGAUCACUACUAAAGACCAGAUCCACUGUCUGAAGAGCUGUGAGUCUGUGUGUGUUUUACCCACAUGUGAAGACGUUCCCAGCUUCACUUCACACACUCAUCUGUCUUUUGAAGACCUUUCAUUCUCAGCAUUCAGAGAGGCUUUAGAGGACGCCUGUCGACAGCAAACAGACGCAGUAAACAGAGAAGUGUCAAACGUUCAUGUUGUAAAUCCUCCAGAACCAAAGACUCCAAAUGAUUUUUUGCAGUAUCAAUGUGAGCCUCAUCUGGAUCCAAACACUGCACACAGACAUCUACUCUUGUCUGAAAACAACAGGAAAUUGUCAUGUUCAGUUAAAGUCCAGCAAUAUCCUGAUCACCCAGAGCGCUUUAGCCAUUAUGAAUAUGUGUUGUGUAAAGAGGGUUUGACUGGUCGCUGUUAUUGGGAGGUCGAGUGCAGUGGGAAUGAAUGGGCUGUAGCUGUUUGCUACAAAGGAAUUGAACGUAAAGGAAUGGGUGACUGUAGAUUUGGCUUCAACAAAAUAUCCUGGAGGCUGGGCUAUUUUGGCCAGCAUUUUUGUUUCAUACAUAAUGUAAAACAAGUCUAUAUUCCUCCUGCCUCUAGAAUAGGAGUGUAUCUGGACCACAGAGCAGGAAUUCUGUCCUUUUACAGCGUCUCACACACAAUGACCCUCCUUUAUAAAGUCCAGACCACCUUCACUGAACCACUGUACCCUGCAUUUGGGCUUGGAGAAGGUUCUAUCAGGAUCAAAGAUCAGAGUAGAUUUCUCAAAGGCAAGAAAUAAAUGGCACACGAAAUUUUCUGAACUUGCUUCGCUAGGGAUGUUCUGCCUUUUUACCUUCCUGAUACUGUUUCCAAUAUCUGAGCUCCGGGUAUCGGCCAAUACCGAGUACUGAACCGAUGCCUGAGUGUUCAUUCAUUCAUUCAUUCAUUUUCAUUCAGCAUUGUCCCUUUUUUAUUAGGGGUCGCCACAGCGUAAUGAACCACCAACUAUUCCAGCAUAUGUUUUACGCAGCGGAUGCCUGUCCAGCCGCAACCCAGUACUGGUGAAACAUCCAUACACACUCAUACAAUACAGCCAAUGUAUGGUUCGAGCCUCAGCUGGGUCAGUUGGCAUUUCUGUGAGGAGUUUGCAUUGACUCUCCGUGUUCUUGUGGGUUUCCUCCGGGUGCUCGGGUUUACCCCGCAGUCCAAUGACAUACAAGUAAAUUGAGUAGGCUAAAUUGUCCGUGUGUAUAAGUGUGAAUGAGACUGUAUGGGUGUUUUUCAAUAAUGGGUUGCAGCUGGAAGGGACAUUUGCUGGAUAAGUUUGCAAUUCAUUCUACUGUGGCGACCCCAGAUUAAUAAAGGGACUACGCUGUAAAGAAAAUGAUUGAAUGAAUAUUAUUAUUAUCAGACAUUCAAAAGUAAAAUUAUUUACAGUGUUACUGAAGCAAGUUAAGCCACAAAUCAAACACCGGAAACUGAGGAAAAUCUAUCGAUUUAUUCAAGUUUUACUCUUAAGUGUAUAAAAAUCAGAGCAAAAAAAUAAAGAUAUAUAUAACAAACGAAUAUGAAC